GUUCUCGUGAUAGUGAGUGCAUUCUCAUGAGAUCUGGUUGCUUAAAAGUGUGUAGUACUGGUCUGCAGAAUCUGCACCAACCAGCACCAUGCCCAUGACACUGGGGUACGGGGACAUCCACGGGUUGGCACACAUCAUCCGCCUGCUCUUGGAAUAUACAGACUCAAGCUACGAGGAAAAGAAGUACACGAUGGGGGACUCUCCUAACUAUGACAGAAGCCAGUAGUUGCAUGAAAAAUUCCAGCUGGGCCUGGACUUUCCCAAUCUGCCCUACUUGUUCGAUGGGGCUCACAAGAUCACCCAGAGCAAUGCCAUCCUGUGCCACAUUGCCCGCAAGCACAACCUGUGUGGGGAGACAGAAGAGGAGAAGAUUCGUGUGGACAUUUUGGAGAACCAGUCCAUGGACAACCUGGUGCAGCUGGCCAUGAUCUGCUACAUCCCAGAAUUUGAGAAAGUGAAGCCAAAGUACUUGGUGGAACUCCCUGAAAAGCUAAUGCUCUACUCGCAGUUUCUGGGGAAGCAGCCAUGGUUUGCAGGAGAUGAAAUCACCUUUGUGGACUUCCUCGCCUAUGACAUCCUUGACCUGAACUGUAUAUUUGAGCCCAGCUGCCUGGAUGUCUUCCCAAACCUGAAGGACUUCAUCUCCCGAUUUGAGGGUUUGAAGAAGAUCUCUGCCUACAUGAAGUCCAGCCAAUGCCUCCAAGGUCCUUUGUUUGGGAAGUCAGCUAUGCCUGGGAGCCUGGAGAACACUGGAGAACAGCCCGACUCCCUGGACCAGGCUUCUUCCUUUUUCCUUCUUUCCACUCUCUUCUUUUUCCCCCAGGCCUCAUUGGCUUCCUUUCUUCUAACAUGAUCCCUCCUGCAUCGAGGCUCUUUAAAGCUUCAGCUCCCACUAUCUUCCAUCAAAGUCCCCUCCUAACAUCUCCCUUUUUCUGCACUAACACCAACCUGACUGCUUUUCCUAUCAGUGCUUGUUUCUUCUUUGAAAAGCUGGAGUGAUCCCUGAGCUCCCCAGCACUGUCCUCAAAGACCAUCUGCAUGCCCUGCUCCCUUUGCUGGGUCCCUACCCCAGCCCUGUGUGAUGCCCAGUAAAGCCUGAACCAUGAAAA